AUGCGCGCCAGCGACCCGCCGGCAGGGCGUCCGCGGCGACCUCCCUUCUACGGCACGGGGCAGGCGGGGGACGGCCGCGAGGCGGACGCUUUCGCGCACGUGCUCCGGGCGGCUCCCGCGGGAGACCCCGAGGCGGUGGUGAGGGCGUUCGAGGACUUCCACGCCGCCCAGAGGCCCCUGUACCACAUCGGCCCCGAGAAAGGCAUGUGGCUGGACCGCGCGGUGCUCGCGAAGGCACCCGCGAUGGCGCUGGAGGUGGGAGCCUACCUGGGCUACUCCGCGGUGCGCAUUGCCCGGCUGCUUCCCUGCGGCGCCCGCCUGCACAGCGUCGAGGAGAGCACCGAGAACGCGAGGCUGGCAGAGGAGGUUGUGGCGCAUGCGGGCCUCUCGGGCCGCGUCGUCGUGCUCCGAGGCACGGUCUUGGACCUGCGCUCGGCCUUGGAGCCCUGCGGGAGGUUUGACUUCGUCUUCCUGGACCACAAGAAGUCGCUGUACCUCGAGGAGCUGCAGCGGCUGCAGUCGUGGGGCCUGAUUGGGCCCGGCACCGUCGUCGCGGCCGACAACAUCGGGGGUUGCCCCAGGGUAGAUUGCCGGAGGGUGAACUGCGGCUGCGCCUACGUCAGACACUUGCGGGCUGCCCAGGGCAUCCACACUGAGAACUUCUGGGGGCUGCGAGACGGCCUCGAGGUGUCCAGCAUCCAGGACCACAUCGAAGCCGAGUCGCUGGCAAAGGAACGCACCGAGGCCAGCUGCGCCCAGCUGGAGAGUGGUGCGCCCCGGAAGUGCCAAGGGCCACCCGGCCCGCGCGGCGCGGGUGCUGGCGCUGCCGCGUACGAGUGCUGGCAGGGCAUCGGCCUGCCGGUCGUCUGUGGCGCCCCCCUCCGCCUGGGGAGCCCGCCGCCCUGCGCGGCGCCGGCAGGCACGCGCCAGAACGAGGCGGCGGCGGCCGCGGCCAGGGCCGCCUUCUGCGGCGUCUUCGCGGCGCCUGCCGUGGCUCCCGCCCCGGCGCCGCGGCGCGAGGAGCUCGCCGCCGUGCCGGGGGCCUUCCUCGUGCGCGGCGCCCUCUCCGAGGCGGAGGCCGCCGGCAUGGCCGAGGCCGUGCGCCUGGCGCACGGCGGGCGCGCGCCGAGGGCGCCGGCGGAGCAGCGGCGCGGCUCGCAGCACCACCGCGCCGUGCACGUGCCGGCGGCGGCCCUGGCGCCUCUGUGCGAGCUCGGCGGUUCCCAGCCCGCCGACGAGCGGCUGCGGCCGCUGCUGCCCUCGGCGGCCGGGCCCAGCCGCGAGGGCGCGCGGGCCGCGCUCGCGCCGCCGGGCGCGGAGGUGGCCACGUUCCUGCGGUGCUACCGCUACCUGCCCGGCGACGCGAGCAGACCGCAUUGGGACCGCUCCUUCGUGCACUGCGAGACGCCGAACGUGACCUCCGACUUCUCGGCCUACUCGCUCCUGCUGUACGUCGGCGACGCGUGCGAGGGGGGCGAGACGACGUUCUUCUCGGCAGAGCGUCCAGGGGGGGAAGGCGUAAGUCGGGCCUGUCCCUCUUCGGGAGGAAUCGGAGGUGAGGGGGUGAGAUCGAAGUGGAACGGAGAGCCCCCCUGCCGGGAAGUCGGUUUCGGUUUCGUGUUCGUGCGUGCCGUGCGUGCGGGCGAGGCGGAGCUGCGUGGGCGGGCGAGAAGUGUCCCGCCUCUGGCUGAGGCGCGGCCGGACCAAAUGUUUCCUGUCCGGGGGCCGGUGGCGCGCGGUGUCCCGCCGGUGUCCCGUUGGUGUCCCGAUGAUAAUGAUGAUGAUGAUGAAAAUAAUCAUGAUGAUGAUGAUGAUGAUGAUGAUGAUGAUGAUGAUGAUGAUGGCCAUGGUGGUGACGAUGAUGGUGUCCCGAUGAUGAUGAUGAUGAUGAUGAUGAUGAUGAUGAUGAUGAUGUUGAUGUUGAUGAUGCUGAUGCUGAUGCUGCUGAUGAUGAUGGUGUCCCGAUGA